AAUAAAUAACCCGCCUAUGGGUGGGGUUGCAAUUUUUUAGGAUGCAUUACUAUAAAACGUUUACACUGGGGUGAGAAAAUCAUUCCGAAAAGUUUAUCUGUUUCUUUCAUAAGUAAUUUGAAAAUUUAACAAAACAAAAUCAACAUGUUUAAGUUGUGUGUUAUCGCUACUCUUAUCGCUUUUGCCUCUGCUGGAGUUAUAUCAUUGGACGAAGGACUUGGAGGUUAUGGCGGUUACGCAAGUCUUGGAGGCCUUGGAGGAUAUGGAUUGGGAGGUAUUGCUGUGGGGCAUAAAGUUAUAGCUGCUCCCACAAUUGCCGUAAAAGCUGGAGCUACCUCAUAUCAAAAUAGCAACUUGAUCUCUCUUCAUCCAACUCCCGUAGUAACCAAAGCUAUUGCUGCGCCUAUUGCUGCCCCAAUUGUCACUAAAAUUGCUGCCCCUGUCGGCGUUAUUGGAGUACAUGGUCUGGGUGGCUACGGAGGAUUAGGUCUUUCCGGUCUUGGCGGUUAUGGAGGAUUAGCUCUUCACUAAACAAAAACCCACGGAGACUGACAUCGAAAAUUUAAUGCAAAGACCCUUUCGUAAAUAGAUGAGCAAUUACUGUUAAUUAAUUUAUUAUAGUUAAUAAAACAUUUAUUUAAAAGAAAA